GACCGGCUGCGGCUGGAGAGGAUGGACCGCAUCGAGAAGGAGAGGAAGCACCAGAAGGAAUUAGAACUGGUGGAGGAUGUCUGGAGAGGGGAAGCACAGGACCUUCUCACCCAGAUUGCACAGCUGCAGGAGGAGAAUAAACAACUGAUGACAAACUUGUCUCACAAAGACAUUAAUUUCACAGAAGAGGAAUUUCAGAAGCAUGAAGGCAUGUCAGAGAGAGAGCGGCAAGUCAUGAAGAAGUUGAAGGAAGUGGUAGAUAAACAGAGGGAUGAAAUCAGAGCGAAGGACCGGGAACUUGGACUUAAAAAUGAGGAUGUAGAGGCUCUCCAGCAGCAGCAGAACAGGUUAAUGAAGAUUAACCACGACCUGCGCCACCGGAUCACUGUGGUGGAGGCUCAGGGGAAGGCGCUGAUCGAGCAGAAGGUGGAGUUAGAAGCAUAUCUGCAAACCAAGGAGCAGGAGAUGGGCAACCUGAGAGCAGAGCUGGGGAAACUGAGAGAGAAACUGCAGGGGGAGGACAACCAAAACGGGGAGGAAGUAAAGACAGAACCAAACAAUGAUGACUGCCUCUCAGAGUCAGAAAAGAUGGCAAUGGACUUAAAAGAUCCCAAUCGUCCAAGGUUCACGCUGCAGGAGCUCCGGGAUGUCCUGCACGAGAGGAAUGAAUUAAAAUCUAAAGUAUUUUUACUUCAAGAGGAGCUUUUAUAUUACAAAAGUGAGGAAACAGAAGAAGAAACUAGAACCCCUCAACCUACCCCCAUAAUUCAGCCAAAACCCUCAACUCAGCCUGAGUCUGGAAUCAAACGACUGAUCUUUACAGCCAUAAUGCCCAUGGUAGCAGCUGGAUUGAUUCCAGACGAUCCCACAUUGCAGCCAAUAAGAAGACUUGUGUCCCUUGUUUAGUUUCUUCUCUCGUGAUAAGAAACGUCUGCAGGCAUCCCAGAGAAAUGUCCACUUCCAGGAUACUUUUGGAGAAUGGUCAAACUCAAAUAGAGAUGACACCUACACCGAACAAGGACAAGAAGCCCUGCAGCACCUGUGACUAAAACUUGAGGUGUUCACUUUACUGCAGUAGAUUUUUGACAGUCUAGUAACAAGAAGCUUCUGUAAACGAAUCUGGCAGCUCAUCACUUUUACUUGCCCUGCACACCUCAGUGGCUGUGUUUCAGAUGUACUCAAAAGGGAUCCCUCCCUGUUCACUUGGUCACUGUUUGCUGAAAACAGAAUCCAAACUCUGUCGUAACAGUCACUGAUGCUCUGGGAUGUGGAAGCUUCUAGAUGACUUGUUUUGUGCUGAAUAACAAGUCUAUGGUCUUGUUCAUGCAUUAACUACAGUAACACAAGCUUCUUUAA